AUGUCCGAACUAUCUUUUGAAAGCCAAGAAUCGAAGACAGUCUCCUACUGUCACGACUGCCCUCCACAGUACGAUUCUUGCCAGCCAAGUCAAGAUGUACUUACCUCUGUUAUCGAGAACGAGCAUACUCGCCGGAUAUUAUGUCAACGACUAGGUAAUAUGGCAACAGAGCUCCUUGACUUAGGAGAGAAGAAGCUCACCGACGAAACUGAUUACCUUAUGAUUACGGAGUAUUUUCUAGAGAUGGAUCGGUUAUAUACAGAGGGGAUGCAAAUAUCUAAAGAGAUGGCAAAUGUUUACAAGGAACGCACUGUUCGAAAUACUGAGCUCUAUACCGCUAUGUUAAGACUCACUGUUAGUGAGUUCGACCGGACCUAUGCUUCUUCAAGGGGCGUUCCAAACCGGCAGGUCCGACACGAGCUGGCUCAGGACCAUAAGGGCCACGCCGACUGCUAUGACAGAGAUUGUGGACACAAUUCUCAACGCUCUUUGGGAACCAAACAAAUGGAGGGGGAAGCUAGAGAUUGCACGUGUGACUCUCCGUGCUCUGAUGGCCGGUUCUUCGAGCUCUCGCAAAAGUUGGAGAAGAUCAAUGAUAAACUUGGCCAAAGCCUUCAAUCCCAUGAUAUGGCCAAUGUUUCGAAGACAACUCAUGAUGCUCCUACAAAGCCACCCAGGAGCUUUUGGAAGAGAAUUGUGAAGCAUUAG